ACACUAAAUAUCGCACCGCCGCCGUCGCCGCACUGCAGCAAAAGAUUUGUUUUGAUUUGAUUGAUUUACAUUGCAACUUGCACGUUUUCUAAUAUUGAUAUUGCACAGUGAUAGGUACCUAAAUAAGCUUUAUAAAAAUGUCUAUCAUAGGAGUUAAGGUACCACUAUCAUGGACCAUAAAAACAGUAGUGAACAACUUCAUGAAACACAUACGAGGGCAAUUCGAAGCAAUCAACUUCGACCCGAAAUACCGUGAUAGUGUUAAAAAAAAGAAAAUAUGCUACAUACGGCUAUCAGAAAAACUAGACCCGCAGCAAGUGAUCGAGAGGUUGAAUGUUGUGAGAAUUGGAAAUUGGGGAUACCUUGAGGGUUUUGUGCCUGACGAGAUACCGGAUUUGCCGGUCGCCGCCAAAGUCAAAGGUAUGAAGAACAUGUCAGUCGUGCCCGACACUCCUGCGUCUAUACUAUUGAAAACACACGGGGAAAUUUUAUAUGAGCUGCAGUGUAAGUACACGGGCCUCUUCAACCUCAGCCGUAAAUAUGAACACCGCUUGUUGGAAUCUCUCGCAAAGACGAUAUAUGAACGCCUCAAAAACCUUAUGACAAACGACUUAGAAGCAUCUGAAUCCUGCUUCUUACUGAGCAAAGCUUACCGUGUGGCGCAUACUCAUUUUGCCGACUUCCAAUGCAUCCUGACUCACUUGCAUAGAAUUGAAGAUGAUUUGGGAAAGCCACGGACAGAGAUACUUGAGAGUGACCUGAUGAGGGUACAUACAUCUUCACACACUGUAAACAAUGUGCCCUUCAAGCAGGUUGAAGCUGCAUGCCACAAGUAUUCUUCCAAGAUCUCUGCUAAGUUAGAAGAUCACUUCAAGAGCCUCAAUAGUGAACCGAAAAGUGAUGAUUCUCCCGAAGAAGUGGCUAGGAAGAAAAUCCGCAGCGAAUUGAAGAAACUGUCUCCAUUCAUGCCAUUGUUACUUAAGCAGGUGAUUUCAAAGCAUUUGGUUAUGAAGAAAACUCCAUACCAUAAAAUGAGAAUAUACGGGGACCCAUCAUUGCCAACGAAAGACUUGUUGGUGGAUUUUCUUCGAAAGUACCGGUUUGUGAAGAUGCACCGUUCAGACAAAAUGUACAAUUUGGUCUUGUUCUAUGUAUCUGAGACUAGAUAUAAUGACUUGAUGACACUGGAUGGGAGUGUAGUUAAUGGCAACAAACUGUACAUUCGUUCCUCUGAAAUUCCUCUGUACACUAUAAGUGAUUCGUUAAAGAUGGAAAUGAAAAGAGCAUUUGGAGGGACCGGGGAGGAGGUCUUCGAUGAGGAUGAUGCUGAGGCAAAUGCAAAUGAUGAGAUGGCAGUCGGUGAAAUUAUGCAUGAAUAUGGCAUGGAAUAUUAGUAUUGUGUGUUAGUGGUAAAUAAUUUUUAAUGUUGACAGUUUUAAUAAGUACAAAUUAUCUACCUACUUCUUUUGGGACUGAGAUAAACUUAACUCUCAGUGUAAUUUCUUUUAAAAUAAGUUUAAGUCUGUAUUAUCUAUACUGAGGUG